GACUACAUGCUGGUGAAAUCGCUGCCUGUCGAUCGCUCAUUACGUGAUAAUAUCGUGGUUUCUUGGGGUAGGUACUGGAGGAAGCGCAGCACUCUAGAAGAUAUGCAACCGGUCAUUUACCACGAUUUCCAUGUCAUGGUUGAAGUUGCAGGCAGAAAGCGCGAUUUAUUUGGUCAAGUGAGACACCAUCAAUUAGCGAUAAAGGAUCUCUGCCUUGAUCAGCUCCAUCUUCUCCACCUCGAGCAUCCUGAUGAGCAUCUCAAUAAGACAUGGAGGGUAACCCCAAGUGAAGAAGAGGAAAGCGAAGACGAUAAUAAUCCUUUCCCUCAUCUAAAACAUGUCCUAGACUCCGUUAGCAGCAAUGUGGGAUUUAACAUAGAAAUUAAAUAUCCAAUGAAAUUGAAGGAUGGAACCCAUGAAUGCCCUGCUUACAACAUAGAACGGAAUGAUUUUGUAGAUGUUAUUUUACGAAACGUCAUAGAAGGUGCCGGUAAAAGGAGAGUAAUAUUUUCUAGUUUCGAUCCAGAUGUUUGCAGCCUAAUCAGCCUUAAGCAACAUAUAUACCCUGUGAUGCUCCUAGUUGUCGGCCCUACCACGCGAUACACUCCUUUUCAGGACAUUCGUACGGAUUCCUCGAAACUAGCCGUAAACUUUGCUGCAGGCAAUGGACUCUUAGGUGUCAACUUCCAUAGUGAAGAACUACUACAGGUAGACGGCCUGAAAUUGCGUAUGACAUCAUUCUCUAGAAAAAACGUACGCGCUUUUCAUUCAGGACGCCUCGGCGCUUCAUCGUGCUGA